UACCGACUGGCCAAUUUUGUAGUGUCUUGCUAGCAUGCUCAUAGGAUCUGCUUUGUCUGAGUUACGAAUAUAUCAAGGGACGUUCCUUCAUAUUUAAUGAACCGUACAUAAUCAAUCAUGUAGGUAGGUAGGCAGGACAUAAUCAAUUCUGACAGUUCUCAGGGCGUUGACGGAAGUUUUCGCCCUUCUUCCUUGAAUAAUGUCAUUGUUCCUGUUGCUAUUUUAAGAUAUCCUGUCGCUUGACAUAUAAAAAGGUGUGGAGAGAGAGCUUGGUCCCCACAUUUCGGAGCUGUCGCCUGCUCUUUAAGCAUAUGUGAAGCACAGGCUUGUGACAUGGCGAGCAAAUAUUCUCACAGUGUGAACGCAGCGCCCGAGGGAGACUUAGAGUCAACAUCACCUCACCAAACCAUCAGACUUUCCACUGUGGAACCGCGAUUGAUAAAGAACCCGUCUACAGAGUACUAUGGCUUCUUCAUAGAGAAAUCGCGAAAUGGACGAGGCACAGGGAAGGUGAUUCGGGUUAAGAAUCUGCCGCAGCAAAAAUUCAUCAAAGCGACUUUACUAGUCUACAGCUACACAGGUACACCGCCUGCCGAUGGCACUUACGUUGUACCGCAGUUUAUGCAGUCUGAAAAGUACUUGUAUCGCAACGAAAAUGGUGAACUUCGGCUGAAGAAAGAUGACUUUCAUCCGGAAAGUGCCACGGGCAUCACGACAGCUGCCGACCCACGAGUGUUCCUGAUCAAGUCGGGGAAACAUUCGCGGGACUUCGUGAUCAAAUGGCAAGGCUCCGCCCGUCACACCAUCACCCUGCUUCCACAAAACGCGAAACCCGUCGAACUCCAGCCCCUUGGAGUAAAUGGACCAUCGGAUGGGCAGCUGUUCAAACUUGAAUUGCCGAUAGUUCGUGCUGCUACCGAGUCCGAUUCCCUGGUAACUGCAGUGGACGUACCGUUCCCACACCCCCUAACACCAAGCGAUGCUAACGAUCAGUUUGGCGAGAGUCAGGUCGAGCUUGACGACUGAAUAAAGUCGCUCUAAAGAUGAGGCAUAUCAUCGUUAAAAUAAAUCAUAAUCACGAAAUACAAUUUUUUCAAUUGUGCACAGACUUAUCCUAGAAGACCAUAAAAUGUGUGUCGUUUUGUAAUUAAUAUAGCUGAAAGAUUAGAUCAUUUAUACCUCCGGGGGAGGAGAUAUCGGUUUGAGGUUUUCAUGUUCGCAGCUGUUUCUUGCGUUGUGGUGGACGGAUUGUUUUGGGACUCCGUAUAUAUUGUGCUAUUGGGCUGUAGAUGAUGCACGUUCUUUUGCUUUUAUUGUAUAUGUGUUUUCGGGCGUGAGAAUUAAUACUUUUGGUGGACCGCGGACACCCCUUUGCACUUGAAAAUGGUCGCGACCGUUGACCUUUGUUGUGUUGAAAGUAUUACAAGUCUCGUCCACUUGCAUGACCUUUCGCACAGAGGGGUGCCCGGUCUCGAUACAUUCUUUGUUUGAAAAUAUGCGCCAAAAUGCUGUUUUCCAGGGCUGCAUACCCAGAUUAAGUGACAAUAUGCACAAUUAAAAGAACCUUUGGUCAAAACAUAUAAUUCUUUGCAGAUUUAUGGUGUUUUUUUUAGUUGGAUCGAAUCCGGAAGUGGGGGUGGUGGUGUGCGGUAAAGGUAGCGAGUCACAAGUAUGCAAAUGAGUCUUAUGCA